CUCUGGUCUGUUGGAGGGAGUCGCGGCGGGAAACUGGAACUGAAUCGAUCCCCGAGUGAUCGACCAUCAAAAUAAACCUUUCAUGGCCGAACCGGCGGCGCAGCUGUCGAGUGAGCAGGAUGAACUGUGAGGAGCAGCUGAGGAGCACACUGCACUGCGACGACAAGGACAAGCUCCGCAGGAAGUUGGUGCUGUUACAAAGAGAGUACCUGAGGACAGCCCAGAGACUACAGCGUGCUGAGCGUUCAGAAGCAGUGCGGAAACGCGUGAGGAGCGGGAUCACACCGCAGAAACACGAAGACCAGAGAAAUCCAGAGAUCACAUCCAACACCUGUGUCAAUCCAUCUUCACUUACGCUGCACACCAACACUAAUGGGACACCCUCAGGUGUACUGCAGUGCCAGGCACCCACUGGAGGUCCAGCAGAUCCUGAGACCUCCAUCAAAAACCAGGUGAAUAGGUUUCUGCUCUCCUCUGAUGCCGCUUGCCCACAAACUCCAGAUUCCAGCCAUGACGCAGCUAGAGAUCACAGACCCAGGUCAGCCCUGCGCCUCAGGUCUCGACGCAGCCGUCUGCUCUUGGAGAAGAGGAUUGCUGAGGCCGGCAGGAGUUCGGACAAGAGUCAGGAAGGACGGGAGCAGAGUGAAAAGAUGGAGACUGCCAGAAUAGAAGAAAGUGUCGACAAGAGAGUCGGAACAGAGGGAACAGAGGUUGUGAAUGAAAGUGAAGAGCUAUUUACUAGUUCAGAGCUGGAGUCUCCUUCUCUGCUGCUUACACACUGGAACACUUGUGGACAAACUGAAACAGGAAUUAUUGAGGGGAAAGAGAUACAAGGAGGUCAAGAAGAAAGAGAAAAAGAGACUGAGCUAAAAGCUGGAGGGAAAGAAGAAUCGGAGUUAACACACAGUGAAGUAAGGGGACAAGAUGGAGGAAGUGAGAAUAGUGGACAAAGGGAUGGGAAGCUGUGUGAAGACAGCAGUAAUAAAAAGAUUGAACAAAAUGCAGCUGAGAAAUUAGAAGAAAGUCACAAUGAUACGGUUGAAAUAAACAAGGAAAACAGUGAAAUGGUUGGAGGAGAGCAAAAUGUAAAAGGUGGGAGUCUCCUGGACUCCUGUACCCUUGUGGAGGGACUACUUUUCCCUGCAGAGUACUACGUCCGAACCACAAGACGUAUGACAUCUUCACAGAGCCAGCCUGACAUGCAGGCCGUCAUACUCUCUCAGCUGAACGUAGGACGACAACGCAGGAGCCGCGGCCGUGGCAGAGGAUUGAACAGAAACGCACGCAACCACCGACAUUCAGAUCAACAAUCUCAGACAGAUUUCUCCUCACUUACAUCGCCAUCUGUAGGACGUAAGAUGGAAUCGCAGGUUACUGACACAUCCGAGCUGAACAGUCAGAGCACCGGUGAAGUUUCAGAUCAAAUCUCAGCUUGUCAGAUUGACACAGAUGCUCGUUUUACUCCGACAGCCACCACAGCUCGUCCAGGAAGAGGUAGAGGGAGGAGAAGAGGAAGGGGAAGAGGGAGACCUCAGACACCUCGAUGCUCUCUUAGUCUAGACACCCAUCUAGUAGGCCUUAAACAAACCUCAGACGAUCACCAGCCCACCAGCUCCCCGGUAUCUUCCUUCCCCGCUGACGGACCAAAGCCCUGCUUCACUCCAGGAGAAGCUGAUCCAGUGCCAGACAACCCCGAGCUUGCAUCCACCCUCAGCACAGCUACGCAGCCUUCUUCUGGAGGUAAUGGAGCUCAGUCCAGCUCUGCCUCCGGUCAUCAGGUCUAUCCCAUUUUUCUGAAGAACAGCAACAUAACUAACAGAUCCACACAGAUGAGCAGAGGCACAGAAAGCUGGCGGUCUCUCCUCUUGCCGUCCUCUUCACCUGCCCAAACUCCUCUGCUUCCUCUCCCCUCUCUGUCCCUGGGCUCGCUGAUGAACAACCUGAUAAACUUUGACAUCCCGCAAGACUUCCAUCUCCCCGAUGACCAGUUCGCUUCCCUGAAGCUGCACAAGCUCCGACAAGUCGCUGUGGAAUCAGGAGUUGAACAUUUCACAUCUCCGUCUUACAACACACGCAGGAGCGUCCGCUGCUCUGUCACUUGUAUUAGCGGCAGUGACCCAGUGACGCCUCUUUCACUACCGCUCAGCCUCACGCCCACUAUCGCAAAUUCACCCCAGCCCACUGAAUCAAAACAAGCUGCUACACAGUCCGUAGACGUCCAAAAUGUGUCGAUGGAACACACACUUAAAGGUAAAUUGAUAAGCCAGUCCUUAACUGAAGAGUCGUGUGACAGAGAAAUCCCUGCAGAGCAGCAGUGUCAGACUAACACCACCUUGACAGAAUCUGUGCCAGUGGCUCAAGAUUGUGCGGCUGACUGUCUUGAUCAAUAUAAAGAGAAAGAUAACGUGGAUCUGAAUACUCAUAGUGAGAGUAGCGUCUCGGCCAGAAACACACACAGAUCUACCAAUCGAUCUGUCAAACCACAGCCUCACCUCAGCUCUGCAGACAGAGUGAAUGACUCAGAUGAACCGAAAAUAAAGUCUCCUGUUAUUUCAUCAGAAGAACAAACAGAUUGUCGUGGUGUAGUCCAUCCAUCAGAGGAUCAGAGGUCUAUAAAUCACCAAGCACAAGACAAAGCUGUCAUCAAGACUCUUUCCUUUGAUUGCUCUCUGCAGAAAAGCCCAGAGGAGCUUUUAAACCGCAGCACUGCUGUGCGGUCAUGUGAUGACAGUGAAGUUGUAGAUGAGUCUCCUGUGCAGCACGUGAAUGUGAAAUCUCCUGCCAAAGAUUCAAAGGUAUCCUCUGAACCUACCACGAGUCCGCUCAGAGAAAAUAAAAGCCAGGACAAGUGUUUACCGCACCACAGAGUCCAGUCCCAGCUCCUGUUGAGCCCUCCUCUGGCAUCAGCACCCAGCUCUUUCAUAGACCCACACCUGCACCCAUCACUAGGAGCUACCCCUCACCCUGGUCCUCCUGCCCUCCCUCUGACCUCCUCUCCCACCGCCCCAGUGCUCAUCCUGCCUCCCCCUCAUAGCCCGUCUACCCAGGCCCUCUCCCCUCCAGCUCUCUCUCCAUGUCCAUCCCUCGCUUCUCUUCCUCCUAGCCAGCCUCUCACCUCCCCCGCCGGUCAAAUCCAGGCUUCAUGCGAGCUGUCCCGGAGGGUCGGGUCUGCCAGCUGCCCAACUGUCUCCAGCAUCCAGCCUCAGGGCUCAGGUGGGCAGGUGGGCCUGAUAACAGAGGAGACAGCGGAGGAACACAUGAUGAGAUGCACACACACACUGAAGGCCCCGGCAGGAGGCUGUCUGGUGGAUGCGUGCUGUCUGCCUGGAUCGUCCGGUGGUUUGUGUGUCGCAGCAGCUGGAAAAUGGGCAGUGUGUCUGUGGAGUCAGACUUCAGCUUCUGAUUGGAACUUAAGACACACCUGGGCCUUCAAUGAGCCAGUGAUCAAUGUGUUUCCUGUCCCGGAUGCUGCUGGGCUCAUUUGUGUGACUCUGGGUCAAUUAGAAAUCAGAGAAGUGAGGAUGCUGUCGUGCUCCAGCCUCCUGCAAGUGCUGCUCUGCGAGGGCGUUGUCCAGGCUGCUGUGGGCGUCUCCAAAUCAAGAGUGGUUACCUCGGCUCACUCAGCAUCUGGUUCCACCCUGCAGGUGUUCACACUGUCUGACAGUGGCAGCACACCGUGCCCUCAGCCUCUCGUGUCUCCUGGUGUUUGUGUCGGGGCCCUCACUCUAGUGGACGGACUCUCAGACGCUCUGAUCGGCACUGAUGAGGACAGAUGCCUCUUUAUCUGGAAUCUAAAGACUGGACAGCUGCUGCGGAGAAUCAUCCUUGGAGAUAGUUUAUCGCACACCGCCUGUCUCAGGGGAUACUCCUACUGCGGAGUGUUAUUUGUCCUGCUGCAGCAUCAGUCGCUCACCCCCCUGGAGGGAGAAGAUCGAGAGGCCACGGCAAAAGAUCAAGUGUUUUUGGAGGAGGAGGUGGAAAGGAAGAAGACCGUCCUGUUCUCCUUACUCGCCAUUAACCCUCUGAGUGGGAAAUCUGCUCUGGCUACUCAGCUGUAUCCACCCAAAGCUUGGUCUGGCAGACUCUGUGAAGCCGACGUUAACAGCUGCAGCGUAGUCGGCCUGAGUCAGAGCGGUUGUGUGUGUGUGUGGGAGCUCGGACAUCGAGUGGCCCCGAGGAUGGUGUGGGCUCCUGAGAGUGAAGGCUGGCAGCUGGCACGAUGGGGCGGAGGAGGUACGCUCGUGACUGGACAUCACAACGGAGACGUCACUUUACACUGCAGCAGCACGAGUCAGACUUCACUCUGCCACCUAUUUAAAGAUUCUUGAUCACUUUUAUUAAAGUCUUUCUGUCAGUGUAUGAAUGUUUACAUGAAGAUUUUACUGCAGACGAGAGACACAUUUUAAAAUACUUGAAUGUCACGUUGAAGGCAUUGCUAAGAGGUUCUGCUAAACACAUUUAAACUUUAGAAAAUUCAACUUUCAUGUGCAGGAGUGUCUCUGUAACCUCCUCCGCAUAAAGGCAUUUAUAUACUGUAACAUAUUCAGUAAGUCACUGACCUGCUGAUGACAUUUUAUUUAAAAAAAAUAUAAAAGACUGAAUUGUUAGAGGUGGAGUGUUUGUACUUGUUUCCCUCCACACUCAUGCUGUGUAACUCUGAGUCUCUGUGUGUGACGAUGUCUACUUGAAGCUUUUUUAGACCACUUUAACCGCAGUCUGAAAACCAACUUUGUUUUAUUACUGCUGCUGUUUUGACUGUUCCUUCCUGUGCUUGAAUAUGUUGUCGAUAUUUCUUAUAUUUAAAGAAAAUUAACUGUUGCCAAAGUUUUUAUACUUUACAUUAAACAUUUGUGGAUCCUGUCGUAUAUUCUGUCUCCUUUUU